AUACACAAUUCAAUAAUAUUUUUCUCCUAUAUUUCUCACAUCCUCCUUGAGCAUGCCGCUCCAUUUGUAUCAAUCUAAUGUUUGAGGAUCAAUAUUUGAAGAAUGAGACCAUUAACAAGUCAAUCUCAACUAAUUGGGUAUCAUUUGAAUGGAUCCUUCACUUCUAUCAUAUUAUGUUCUUAACUGAGUGUCUAUUGAUUCCAGAGAUCUAGAACCCUCGUGAUAUAAUCUCCAUAAUCUUAACUUGUGUUACUUGCACUCUCUAUCAGUUGUUACCGUUUGCAAUAUUGGCCACAAAUUUAUAAAUCACAUAUUCAACAUUAGAUUCACAUUUUGGAAUGUUACAGAAUCUAUUUAAUAAUGUAUAUAGAUAAUGUUAGAAUAGAAAUAUGUAUAUAUAUUCCUACUUAGAAUAGGAAGAAGAAUAGGAAUAGGAAUCCUAGUUAGAAAAGGAUUUCAAUGUAUUGUCUAUAAAUAGAGUCUCAAUGUAACAAUUUAAAUACACAAUUCAAUAUUAUUUUUCCCAUAUAUUUCUCACAUGGUAUCAAAGCAUUGGUGAGAAACUUCAAGUCACCAUGUCAAAUUCCGGCGACGAUGGUUGGGACUGAUUUGUGUCAUCUUUCGUUCUGAAGGUGUUGUGCGAAAGACAACACCAUCACGAGGCUCGGGAAGCUCAGGCGACCGAACCCCAAGCAGAUCCACCGGAAAACAACCCCCAACGCGCCGUUCGGAGGUGGAAGUUUUUCGGCAAGAUCUGUUCACGCGUGAGUGCUGCUCCGGUCAUCUUUUUUCAAGUUGUUUUCUUCUGUUGGGGUCGCCCAGUAUUUCCGACAAGAACCCAUUCAGUUUUCUCUAGAUCCGAUCACCAGAAUUAGGGUUCCGGUGAUUUUCAAGCAGUUUCCGGCAAGUUCCCGGCGAAAUCAGAAUUUUCAAGCCACUGUGGGUAGAUUCCGACAGUUUCCAGUGAGCUUCUUACUCUUUUCAAGUCAAAUUUCGAAAAAUGUCUUUCGGGUGUGAUGUUUUUUGGCUCCAAAAAUACGGGGAUUGGAAGUUCAAGACUUACAAUCACUUCAGAACCAUUAAUGGGAAGUUCAAACUAUUUAGCUUGGGCUUCUUCAGUUGAGUUGUGGUGCAAGGGUCAAGGUGUUCAAGAUCACUUUGGCGAAAAGACAAAGUCUAGUGACGAAGGUGCAAAAGCCAAAGCACAAUGGGAGAAAGUGGAUGCCCAAUUAUGUAGUCUCCUUUGGUGCUCUAUUGAUUCUAAGUUGAUGCCCUUGUUUCGCCCAUUCCAGACAUGUUAUUUAGUUUGGGAAAAGGCACGUGCUUUAUACACUAAUGACAUAUCUCGAUUCUAUGAUGUGAUAUCUCGGAUGACCAACUUAAAGAAACAAGAAUCCGAUAUGUCUACUUACUUGGGACAAGUACAGGAAGUCAUGGAGGAAUUUGAAACGUUGAUGCCUAUCACUACAAACGAGGAAAAGCAACAAGAGCAAAGGCAGACAUUGUUUCUAGUUCUUACACUUGCUGGACUUCCUACUGACCAUAACUCUGUGCGUGACCUUUUUCUAGCCAGUCCUACAGUUCCAUCAAUUGAUGAAUUAUUCUCUCGUCUGCUUCGUCUUGUUGCACCUCCCUGUCAUAAAGAAGUUUCAUCACCCAUUGUUGACUCCUCUAUUCUCGCAUCUCAAACCACAGAAAAGCGUACAUACCAGUCUAUGGAGAAUCGGCGAGGGGGAGGGCAUUUUGGGAAACCUCGAUCCAAAUGUAGUCAUUGUCAUAAACUUGGACACACUCGUGAUAUAUGUUAUAUUUUACAUGGUCCACCACCCAGUUAUGAUCCUAUUGUUCUCAAGGAAUAUAAUGAGUUCCUUCGAAAUCGUGCAAGUAAACAGACAUCUCCACCAGUAGCAUAUGGUGCUCAACCUAAUCAACCAUCCAAUAAUGCUCAUAUUGCACAGACAGAAUAUGACAAACGUCUCCACAAGUAGUUUCGAUUGCACAACCUGAUGUUUUUGUUGCGGGUAAUUCUUUUGCUUGCGUGUCACAGUCUAGUACUCUUGGA